AUGUCAUUAGCUGUCACUUCACUGCGAGAACUGGCUCAAAUUCAACAUUACUAUGGAUUCCGAUACGUUCUCAACCCAAGCGUACAUGAACAAAUCUUUGACAAGCUCAAACUGUCGAAGACAUACCCAAAACUAGAUAAACUUAAAGUAUUGGAUCUGUAUCCUGGUCCAGCACAGCAUUCUGCCAUAUUUAAUAAUCGUUAUAGACCCGCUCAGCAUGUGCUGAUGGACAUGCGGCCAGACUUCGUGAAGCACAUUUCUGGGCUACUCGAGCAAGACAAGACCGAUAAACCGGCCAUGCAGCUUUAUCGGCACGAUCCAUACGAUUGGAAGUCAUACACCGAUUUGACAGAUGCGGACAAAAUAUUGGUUCCGCCUCGCAAGGGCCCGGAAGCCAUUCACGACGAGUUUCUCAUCAUGGCCAAUCUGACCGGAAUGAUCGGUGAGGGUCUCUUUAUGCAAUGGCUGGCCUGCAUUGGAAAUCGCAACUGGCUUCAGCGAUUCGGCAGGGUCAAGAUGCUGGUCUGGCUUCAAGAAUGCACCGCUGUCAAACUUUUGGCCAAGCCUGGAGACCACCUGCGAUCAAAAUGCUCCUUAGUGACCGAGGCGUUUACUGAUACCAAACUCGUGGCCACCAUGAGUAACAAAAAAACUGGAACAUCCAACUUUUCUGAGGAUCUUAUGGCCGAACACCAGCCGGUAAUGUUCAGCCCUCAAGACGUGUGGCUCCCAAGUGGCAAACCUUUGAGUCUCUUGGAAAUCAAUCCACGCGACCAUAGAAUUGACCUAGAUAAUUUCGACUACGUUACCAAGCACCUGCUCAUUUUGAAAAGUACACCAUUAUACGAGUCACUCGAUUCACUCGGCCAUGGCGGCAAAGAAUACUUCCGCCAAGUAAUCAAAGACCAGAAUCUUCUUGAGAAAUGCCCCAAGAACUUGACUCUGUCAGACUUUCUUUACUGUACUGAGCUUUUUGAUAAAUGGCCCUUCAAGCCCGAUAUCUAUUUGGACUUCAUCGACGUUUUUCAGGACAACGAUUAG